AUGAAAGCCACUUUCACUCACGUGCUUGUGCUUCUCGUCAUUGCACUUGUUUGUGCAAAUGUCGGUGCUAGGAAACUUAUUUCCGGAGAUACUCAGUUCAAGGAUGAAAAGUCCUUCCUUGGCGGUGGCGGAAGCGAUGGUGGCCUAGGGCUUGGCCUUGGCGGAGGAGCUGGUCUUGGUGGCCUUGGGAUUGGGGCUGGGAUCAACGGCGGAGCUGGACUAGGGUUAGGUGGAGGCGGUGGGGGUGGUGGUGGACUUGGAGGAGCCGGUGGUGGACUCCUAGGUGGAGGUGGUUUUGGCGGAGGAUAUGGUGGUGCUGGUGGUGGUCUUCCUUGA